GUGCUCCCUGCCCUUUACAGAGGCACUGUCUGACAUUCAUUGUGCACUUGCUCAAGAGAACGUAUGAUAUAACACUUCCGUUUUUAUCAAGGUUAUUGCAAAUGAGAUGAGUUGAAUUAAAUUACUCCACGUUUUAUGCCGUUUUUAUGAUCAACUGGAAGACACCUCAGUCCACCGCACAAGAAGGCGCAUCCAUAUUCCAUAAGCACUCACGCAUCUCUAUGCUUCCAGUGGGCUGGUGCGGUAAACGCCCUGUGAGAGAUUCCCGAGAGGCGGUGUCAUUUUUUUUAUUAGGACUGGAACUUCUAGAAGAUUCUAUUUAUAUUAGAUAGCUGCAAUAGCUCAACAAGAACUCAGCCCUCGUACCCGAGAGAUGCUUUCGGGAAUCGUAUGACCUGCUGCCGCUCAUCCCAAAGAUAACCGACUGUUGACCGCAGCUUUCUCGCUCCUUUUCGAGCGUGCCGCACCGGACCCCGCGCGUUAGAAAACAAGACGUUUUGGAGGAUGUACUACAACACCGCGCAACGGCAGGAAGAACUUGGAUAUUAGGAUAAGAAACACCGCUCUUCGUUUUGUAAAAGGGUUUGACAGUUGAAAAAGGGACACUGACAGCGCGACAAUGCCAGAAGAAAAAGUGUUUCAUCAGCAGGGUGUCCACAGCCCUCUGGAGCAGGGGGUCAGCAGCAGCAGCUCCAUCCCCUGUCAGAACUGUGGCAAGGCCUGCAAGGGAGAGGUGCUGCGCGUGCAGAACAAACACUUCCACAUCAAGUGCUUCGUCUGCAAAGUGUGUGGCGUUGACCUGGCCCAAGGGGGGUUCUUUGUGCGCCAGGGGGAGUACAUCUGCACCCUGGACUACCAGCGGAUGUACGGCACGCGCUGCUUCAGCUGUGAGGAGUUCAUCGAGGGAGAGGUGGUGUCGGCCCUGGGCAAAACCUACCACCCACGCUGCUUCGUCUGCGCCAGCUGCAAACAGCCGUUCCCUGCCGGUGACCGCGUGACGUUUAACGGUAAAGAGUGUAUCUGCCAAAACUGUACAGAGCCCCUGCCUGCCAACAGCCCUGCUCCCAUACAGGCUGUCCACAACUGCUGUGGCUGUGGGAAGGAGUUUAAGAACGAGCAGUCCCUGGUAGCGCUGGACAAACACUGGCACCUAGGCUGCUUCAAGUGUAAGGUGUGCAACAAGGUGCUCAACGCAGAGUACAUCAGCAAGGAUGGGAUCCCUUACUGUGAGGUGGACUACCAUGCCAUGUACGGCAUCCAGUGUGACAGCUGCAAGAAGUACAUCACCGGCAAAGUACUGGAGGCUGGGGAGAAACACUACCACCCGUCAUGUGCCCGCUGUGCCAGGUGUGAGCAGAUGUUUGGAGAGGGAGAGGAGAUGUACCUGCAAGGCAACUCUAUCUGGCAUCCUCCCUGCAGACAGGCAGCCAGACAGGAGGAGAAGAGUAAGAAGCAGGUCCGGAUACAGCUCAAUGACGUCUCUGAGCGGCAGGUGACCAGGACCUCCUCUGAGAGCAUCACCUCUGUCCCAGCCUCCAGUGCGUCUGGCUCUCCCAGCAGGGUCAUCUACGCCAAACUAGGAGAUGAGAUGCUGGACUACAAGGACCUUGCUGCUCUGCCAAAAAUCAAGGCGAUCUACAACAUCGACCGGCCAGACAUGCUCUCCUACGCUCCUUAUGUCAGCUACCCCUCAGAGGAACGACACUACGGAGAUGGCGACGGAGAGAAGUCUCCCCGUCAGAGGAGGCCCUCCAGUCCCAGCUCCAACAGCUCCCAGGGGAGGUAUGGAGGGUACACCCCGUCCCGCUCCCCCCAGAACUACAGCAGGCCAGAGGAUCUUUAUAUGGCCAAUAAAGCAAUGGGUAAUAGAUACAAUGGCCAGCCCCUUGACUCCAGCUCCCUCCCCCGCCCCUCGGCCUACACGGGGGGUCCUAAGUACCUCUCCCCCUUGGCUAGGGACUUCUUUUCCCUCCCCAUGCACUACUCAGAGGGCCUACCCCCCAAGUACCCUGGGGCGCUGCAAAUGCCUGGGGGGAUGACAGUGCCUGGCAGAAUCUCUCCCAGGGGCAGAGUCUCUCCUGGAGGCAGAAACUCUCCUCUGCCCCUUAACCCUACCACCCUGGCCAUGCUCCAGCAGCACAACUAUGUGCCCUACUUCAGAGGUAGUGAAAGUGGUCGGAGUACACCCAGUUUGUCCACCUAUUCCGACGGCAAAUCUCCCUCCUCCACCUAUGUGGCUGCUCCCAGGCAUUUCCACGUACCAGAGACUAAGGUCAAGAUAGAUAAUAUCUAUAGAAAACCCCCUAUCUACAAGCAGCAUGCCUCUAGAACAUCCUGGCCAGAAGGGGACGACGUCAAGACAAGGACCAGUUGGAUGAUCUUGAAGAGUGAGAUAGACGGCCAACCUCUCCCAGAGGACCUGCUGGACCCCAGGAAGUCCACCUGCAGCCUGCCCACUGACGCCUCCCUGCCCAGCUUCCCCUACAGCAAGUCUGCUUCCCUGCCAGGAUAUGGAAAAAAUGGCAUAUACAAGGAGGUUGCCGACCAUGCUGAGGAUGAGCCAGACCAGCAGGACUCCCACAGCUGGGGAGGAAUGAGAGAGUACAAGGUGUACCCCUAUGAGGUGCUGGCUGUGACUCACAGGGUGAGGGUGAAGCUACCCAGAGAUGUGGACCGUACCAGACUGGAGAGACACCUCUCCCCAGAGGACUUCCAGCAUGUGUUCGGGAUGACCCUGGACCAGUUUGACCGCAUGGCCCUGUGGAAGAAGAACGACAUGAAAAAGAAGGCACGCCUUUUCUAAAGCCAAGUGACUGUAACAGGGAUAAAAAUAGCAUCUCUAGUCUACAACGUCUGUCCAGUCUGGAAGAAAGGAAAUCAGAAAGAAAAAAAACCCCAUCAGAAAUCAUCUAUAUAUGCACCGCCAUACGACGUUGCGCCUGCGAAUCAUCAUCUCUGCCAGAAUAAGGAAGAUGGAGACAUUUUCACGAUGUCGCCGUGACCGACAUCCAACGUCGAGGCAAUGUUCGUCACAUAUAGCUUUUGUAUGCGUUGUGGUCUGAAUGUUAUUUUUUAUAACCUUUGGGGAGGUGGGGGGAGAUGCAUUUGCAUGGCCCGUUGACACCACUCCUCCUCUUCCCCUCUCCCCGCCUCGAUGUGAGUUCUGCAUCCCCCUCCCCCUUCCUCCCC